AUGUCCGGGGACACGCUGGAGGAGUUUGAGCUGAAAGGGUUUCCACCUGAGGGUCUCCAACCUGGGGAGGAGACAAGCCCAUGGACUGCGGGCUUAGAGGAACGAGCUCCAUUCCCUGCCGAGAGACUGCCCUCAGUGGUCCGUACGGACAUGGAGAUUGCAAGCCCCAGCGUCGAGGUUGAGGAGGGUCACGAGAAAGAUUCCAAGGAGAAGAGUUCCCAGGAAGGGUCCCAGGAAAGCCAGCCUGUUGAAUCCAGUCUCGCUUUUAUUGGCCACCAAAUGCGUACGAAGGAUGCCGAGGGGCGGUUUGUUGAGGAACAGUCUGACGAGGAGAUGUUUGACAGUUCGUACAUUGACGACGUUGAAGAGUAUGUUGAGCACAUUGCCUGUACCGGGGAAGGCGAGAUGCCUGAAGCGUCGUACAUUGAGUACGUCGAAAAGAUUGUUCAGCACGUUGCCUGUACUGGAGAAGAUGAGCAAGCCAAACCCGAAACACGAAUCUCCGCUUCAGUCAGCGACACGAAGAGCGUGAGAAGCUCGAGCAGCGACAAAGAAAUUGCCCGUCACGAUUGCACAGACGAGGAGACGACAAGUCCAUCACACCGCCACGGCUCUGGGCACAAGCACACCGACGGCGGAGACAACGGACCGUCAGAGCUGCGAGAUCUCAGCGCCGUGCUGAUCGACCAUCCGAUCGCGACCGAAUAUCGCGCCAGAAGUACAAGUCAGGGGCAGCGGACGCCGUCUGAGCGCUCGCCCACGUCUAGGUUCCACUCCAGCUUUGCAGGCCGCGAACCAUGGGCACAUAGCAGCCAUGACUCAAUUGCUCGACCAGCCAUGCGGCGCGAGGACAGGCAGGGCGAGCUUCGAAGGGAUUUUAGAUAUCCAGAGCGAGCAACGCCGCCGAGAAGACACACCGACACGAUCGUGCAGCACAUUGUCCCAAAUCGUCCUCUUUCAGCCUCGACGGCUCAGCAGUGCCAGGACAUCGUCAGGUCCAUCCCAGACCCAGGGCCAUCUCGUUACCCAGCCGGUAUCUCGUCACAGCAUCUUCCGCGCCAACGGCCGCUUCCACAGAACGUGCCAUCUCGACGUGGACACCCGACCCAUCCCAAUGCUCCUCGUCGUCCUGCACCGAUGGCUCCGGGUCGCUCUCGAGAACGCUAUAGGGUUAGGCCAUUUCCACCGAGAAGACUUGUUGUGAUUCCAGAGCAAGGCCCAGGUCAUCGCCCUGAACCCAUGCCAAUGCAGCAGCAGCGAAGACCCUCCACUCUUACUGAACAACAACAGAGGGAGUUGCGCCAAGGUACUGCGGCGCAACGCGCUGCCGCUGCCGGUGCCACUGAUCGCCCUGAACCCGUCUCAAUGCCCACAGUUCCUGUCAACCGUGCUCCACCGCGGCAGGGACCGAAACGGGUCAGCUUUGGACCAGAGGUGAUGGAUCUUCCGUCGACUAUGGAGGAUGAAGACAGGCAACUUUUCAGUCCUGCUCCGUGGGCAGAACCACUGCGAGAUGGCUUCUCCGAACGACGACUGGGGGUGGCGAGCAAUCACCCAAUUGCCUCGUGCGAGCCUGGAAGCGGUGCCGGUCCUUCUGCACAGAAAAAGCCACUGAAAGGCAUCCUCAAGACACCGUCGGGUAAAGUGAAUAUUUCCUCAACUGCACCGACCCCGACCCAGUCGGGAGACAUCACGAGCCCUAAUCCGCAGAUAGAAUCACCAAGACGCGGCAUCUUUGAGCCACAGCCGGUGCACCAUCCUCUAGUUGCUUCGAGUGAUCCCAGAGGAAAUGUGAGCGCGACUCCCCCGCGAGACAGCAUCUUCAAGCCGGAGCCGAGACCCAUUGCUCGCCCGCUGACUCUCCCGGACAACGCCGUUGUUCUUGCAGACUGGGCGCCACGGCGCCACCUGCCUCGACACAAUGUCUUCGCAGUCAAGCCGGAGCCAGUGGCGCGUCCCCAGAUUGUCAUCAAUCAGCCCAGGGAUAUUGUCCGUCCUACCCCGGCGCAAGGGGUCUCUCAAGAGAGCAGAGCAACAUCACUUCCGACGAUUCGUCCUCGUGAAGAAACGAUCACAAUCGCGGCCAUUGUUGAGGUACCUUUUCCAGGCCAUGAUGAACUGGCCAACCCGACACCAGAGCUUGACGAUGUCAACAGUGGAGAGAUCAUCACACUGAGCUUCAGAGAUACCGAGCCACCCGUUCCAGAAGAGCCGUCGCGUAGUACAACGCUGCGACCUGAAGAAUUCGCUCACGUAAAGAGUGUGUCGACUCCGCCCAGGCUCAUCAGUACACCUUCUUCUCCGGAUUCAGGUUCAUCGGGCAGCACGACGCCACGGCAGAGUGAUUACACCCGUGAAGAUGCAGCCUCGACUACCUCGCGACCCAUUGAGCUGUCCAUACAACAGCCAACGCCAGCAUUCGCGGGUGCUCGCUCUGCACGUGCAUCGAUUAUCUCGCAAUCCUCUACAAUCAUUGACCUUCCUCCUUCGGCACAAGGACCGCUGAGAGAUCAACCGACAUCCCGCCUGAGCACUGUGACCGUCCCGUUGAUCCUAGUCAGUCCGCCCACACCCGUACCGGCCCAGGGAGGCCCGCAAUACAGCUCUCAUGAGCAGAUUCCUCUUACUGACUUUCGUCCGGUGAUUCAUCCAGUCCGACCUGGUGACGCAGGAAAUGUUCCAGUUGCUCCUCCGCAGGAUCGACCGAAGCUGAUCCUGAACACCACCAACCUGGACAACAUCCAGGAAGAUAACGAGGAUUCGGAGGGAUCCGAGUCGAGCAGCGACUCUGGGGGAGGCAAGGACGAAGACGACGAAAAUCUUGCCAAUAAGCCCGGAGAGGAUGAUGGCGCUGAUGCCGAGGAUUUCGAGAAAGCAAAAGAUCUUGGAAUAAAGCUCCGCGAGGGACUCAAUGACUCGCCCGUGAAUGAAGCCGAGCGGCGCUCGAAGAAACGUCGUCCCUUGAAUACCAAUUACAUCGACGAAAGACUGUCCUCUAUCAUCACUGGGGAAAAGUCUCAGAGGGAUUGGGUGCCCCCGUUUCCCCUCUGCUACAAGCCUCGCACGCCUCCACCGCGAGAGGAUGAAGAAGAAGCUGGACCCCUGCCGCCGGCAGUGCUGAGAGAUCUGCGGUACCGAUAUCGCGCAGGGGUCAUGUGCCAACACGAGACGGUUCUGCGAUUCUGGCCUACAUCUCUGAGGCAAGUCUGCGACGAGUGCGGGGAGCAGACACGACACAUGUGGGUGUGCACAGCCGAUACUGAAGACUGGUCUGUGUAUGACCGGACCGCGCGCCCGGAACGGAGCAUCGAGCAGCUCGCCCCAUGGCUGAUCAAGGCCAUUGAAGAAGGCCAUUACACGGAUGAGCAAGUCGAGAGGUUUAUCGAAGAGCGGUACGAAGUCCAACUGGCUGCGCUGCGUGACCGAAACCGGGAGCACACUCCGCCCGACACGAGGUCGUCGGACGAGUCCGGAGAUGACAGUGACGAGGCCACAGAAUGGUGGGAAGAAACAAUGACCAUCGCGGAGAUGGUAGAGACCAGGAACAAGCGCCGUUUCCAGCGACUCGCGCAGCGACGUGCGGCGAUUGAAGCAGAUGUCCAGAGAACGCUGCCUUGCAUGGAGAUGUGGUGUCAAAAGUGCCACCCGGGCGUCGAGGAGCGUGCGCUCGGGCAUAUCGAUGAAAUCGUGAUGCAGCCGUACAGGGCUCCCCCCGACAUCCCGGAGUAUCUGAACCGACCCAUCAGCACGGUGCGCGCGAUCCUGGGUCCGCAAUGGAGGGAGGCCGGUGUGCUGAAUCGGUGGUGGCAGGACCUGGUCGCCUCGAGCCCCGUCGACCUCGAGCCGGUGCUGAACCUGGCUCAUCUUCGCAAUCUCAACAUGGCCCAGUUCGCAACGCUGGCGCGGUGGAUUCGCAAUGGGAUGCCGACGGAAGAUCGGCUCCAGCGGGUCAUCUGGUGGUUAUGGGACGCCGGCUGCGCGGACGAAUACUUCUUCCAGAGCCUCACCAACACGCGCCUCAUUCUACCGCGCACCCUGGAGCUGGGCGACUGGGACACGGGGGACCGACAGCAGCAGCGGGUCCUAUUCACGAUUUAUGAGGAGAUGGAGGAUGACGCUGGCCAGCUGAUUGAGCGGCCGUACUCCGAGUACUGGAUUGAAGAUGACGAGGAGUUCUUGCUGUCUGGCUUCCACGAGUACAUGGCGCAGCAGGUGGUCCAUAUGCGGGCCCACCGCAGCGGCCAGCACUACCGGCCCAGCAUCAUGGGCCGCGCUGGCCCACGCUCGCCUUCGCCUGCCUGGUCUCCCGUCGGCUCGCUGGCCCGUCCUGGCCUGGAUGACAUCGAAGGCCAAGUUCUCCGACAUGGGACUGACCGCCAUACCGACCAUGACUCUAGCCAAGUCUAG